CCAUCUCUUCACUCAUCCAGCAGGGCUUUGACACAACCGGCAUGCUGGCAGUCAUGGAGGAGAAUGACGUGCGCUCUGUGGCUCCCAACCUAGGGCAGGCACGGGUGCUGUCGCGGGUAGCCAUCAGUGUCAAGAGGCCCUUAGAGCCUCCGCAUACGCCCCAGCAACAGGCCCCCACGCGGGGUCGCUCCAACAGCUUCAGCCACCGCUCUGACAUGUACCACCAACAGCAGCAGCAGACCAUGGCCAUGGGCAUGGAUCCACGGACCCCUGGUGCCAUGCAGACCAUCUCCCCCGCGAUGGCCGAGGCCAUGGCCAGGAGGCCCAACAGCGCUCCCUCUCAGCACCUCCUAGAAACAACCCAGGGCUACCCAGGACCUCGUACCCCGGGGCCCUACAGUGGCGCCAUGGUCCCUGUCCAGUCCCGGCCCAUGUCUGCAUACUCCCAACACCCGGGUGUCCCCAUGCAUCCGGGCAUGCAGAUGAUGGCUGCCAUGCCCCAGCACCAGCAGAUGCCAGGGGCUGCAAUGCAAGCCAUGCAACAACAGCAGAUGCCAGUGUCCAUGCCUGCCCUGCCGCCUCCUCAGCAGGCCCCGAAGGCGUACUCCACCAACUACACAGUGCCCAUGGAGCUGAUGAAGCGGGACCGCAGCCUGCAACCCAUGUCGCCCAUGCACAGCCCCCACCUCAGCCCUCAGAUGAUGCGCAAGGCUGGGGGUACCCCGUCCGAUGGAGCCAUGAUGCCCGUGGGUACCACCAUGCAGAGUGCUAUGGCCGCCAACCAGAAACUUAGCCGCCGUACCGGCCCACCUGUCAUCGUCUCCACCAUGGCAUCACCAGAUACAAGUAAAGCACACUUUAAUCCCUUCUCCAUUCCCUCCUCUUCCUUCGCUCCCCUAGUCUCUUGGCUGUAGUGUAUUUGUUGGUUACUAAAGGAGGCCAUUCUUCAUUGCAUUCUUGUUGCAGUUAUUGCGUUUUCUCUAUUUGAAAUGAGGGCUUUGGUUAUAUAACCAUUCACUCCGUACUAAAGCUAAGACAACGAUUAGGUAUUGUGGUUUUGCAAUAAGAUUAAUUCUUCUUUUAUACCCUUCCUUGUCAGGAUAACCUUGACAUGUGGUUAACCCCUUCCUCAAAUAAUGGUUGAAUAUGUAAGGCUAUGAAACUGCUCUCUAUGUGACACCUAUUUGGCAUGAAUCGAAUACAGGAUACUGUAUUUCAGUGCUCUUAAACCAAGUGCUGAAAAUGGCCAUUUAUCUGGUUCCCACUCAACGUUCAAGUGUUUUAGAUACUUUUUCGGUGGAUUGAGAUGAAUUGAUCUCUUUGCUGCUUUCACAUCAUUUUAAUCUACCUUUUUGCUGUGUGCAGCUCAGCUUGUUGCUAACCUGUGGAUGUGUAUUUUAUUGCCAAUGGAUAAACAUCUCAACUUGAUGUUUCAUAUAAAGGCUACCAUAUCUUAUGUGAAUGGCUUUAGUUAUAUCCAUGUUCUGUGUUUAUUUGGGGUAUGACUGGCUUAAUGGCUUAAAAUGAUAACUUUUAACAAUGACAGCCUUUAACCCUCCCCAUGCCCUAGUUAUCUAUAGUCAGCUGUUGUGAUCCUAACAUGUCAAAGUCUCUGUUGAAAAGCUCUGAGAGUACCUUCCUCUUUCUAAGUGAAGUGUUUUAGACUCUCACGUGUCAACUGUCAGCCAUCUUUGCACACUUUACGACUCUUGCUGUCCUCUGUAUUGUUUCAUGCUAGUAUUUGUCACAGGCAAUGGUUGUGAUUACCAAGGUGGAGUGUGGGAGUGGGGCAAGGACUGGGUGAUGUGGUAGGGUGUGAGCUGUCGUCAUCUAUCUGAGGUAAUGCUGCUUUUAAAGCAGAAACAUUUACAUGUCAGUAGCUGUCUUUGUCCAAACAAUUUGAGUGGGCAGUAUUUCAUGGUCACUGUUAAACGUGGGAGACAGUGGGAGAAUUGGAGCCAUGAGUUUAUGCAUGCAUAUGUGCCUGUGUGCGUGCGUUGUGUGUGUCUGUCUGUCUGUCUGUAUGAGUGAGUGAGUUUUUGCUUAGGAGCUGUAUUCCCUGCCCUUCAUCUCAUCCGAAGGCAUUUGGAGCUUGUCCACACAGAGCAAGGGCAUACUUGUUAAAUCUGCCAUAAUCUACAGGCCUGGUGGGUUGGUGGGUUGGUGGCCAGGUGGGUUGGUGGCCAGGUGGGUUGUGUAAUAGUGGUUGCAGCUUGCAGCAUCAUCCUGCUUAUAGUUUUAUUUCAGCAAAAAUCUCUCUGCAAUGUAGAGGAGACCCAUAAUCGCCAUGCACCACCUUUCCCCCCGGCCCCUACUGUAGUAAACAUGACGGUCUUGUUGCAUCAUGGUAAUGAGAUACGUUGGAGGAGCCUGGAGCAGUAGGUUGGGUGUUGUGUUGCAUACACUGUACUUUGAUCUGUUCAGGUGCAGCAGUGACCAUUGUAGGGAAUGAAAAGGAAUUAUGUGGAAAAUGUUCAAAUGAACUACAUUGUUAAAUGUAUCUCACUAAUAAUGUUGGUGAAACAGAAAUGUGGAAGAUGUGAUAAAUCACCAGCACAAGCUAUGAUUUCAACAAGUCUGAUUCAUCAUCAAAGUUGUUCAAUUAAAAAUGCAUAUGAAGAGAUAGCUGCUGUGAGCAGUGCUUGCUUUAUUUCUACCGGUUCGUCCUAGCUGUGCUGCUGAAAUCAAAAUGAAUGUGUAGAUCGCCGAUCAGCAAUUGUGUCUUUUCUCUGAGUGACUGUAAUGAGAAGCGAGAGGGUUUAAUCCUUUACAUCCUCCUUUUACAACAAUGCUAAUCCACAGAUUCACUCAGUUCUCUCUGGACUAGGCUGGCAUCUAUGGAUUCCCCCAGUGCUAGAGCUGCAGCCAUGGGCUCUGACAGCUCCACUACAGAUUGAGAACAAAUGGAUUUAUGAAAGCUGUCUAGUCUCAGAAAAAAAAUAUGGUACUUCUGUUUAUGUCAAAAGGACCAUUUCUCUUUAGCUAUCUUUCUCUGCUGUAAAAAUCUGCAGCCAUGACACUAGCUCACCCUACUGUCGUUUUUGCACACAAGGGUUUGCUCAAGUUAAACACUCAGCACAACACAUUCAUGUGCAUGCGGCUGGCAUUUGUUGCUUUGGUAAUUUCAUCUGUUAAUGGACGGCCUGCAAAGCCUCUCUGAAAGCAUAUUCCUUAAUUGUGUGUUGCUAGGCAACGGGGGUUUUGGUCGUAAUCACAGAAAGAUUACCUUCUCGUUUAGGGAGCGGGGGAAAGGUUUCACUGGAGUGGGGACGUUUGCAUUUAAUGGCACUUUCUUGAAAAAGGGGUGCUUGAGCCAAUGCUGUAGCUCAAGCACUAAUGCUGUAGCUCAGUUGGUAGAGCGUGGCGCUUGCAACGCCAGGGUUGUGGGUUCGAUUCCUGUGGGGGACCAGUAUGAAAAUGAAUGCACUCACUACUGUAAGUCUCUCUGGAUAAGAGCGUCUGCUAAAUGACUAAAAUGUAAAUAAUUAUGAGGUUUUAGUCACCUUGUGAAAUAUGACCAAGGAGCAGUAAUGCCGUGUGCCCUGUAUGAGAGUGGGAGAUUAUAUAAUUUUGCAUUGUAGAAAUUGUCAGGUUCAACUCUUAUUUUGGUUGCAUAGAGUAUGUCUGUCUGAGUAUGACAUUUGACAACCUGAUAAAGGGAAUAUUUCAACCGUUUCAGAUAUUCCUCUCAACCGUCUUCAUAAUCCAUAAUUAGUAAACCUACAUAAAUAUUUAGAUGUGAUAUGCCAAUAGGCUCAAUCAGUUCAUAAGUAACACCCUUGGUGAAGCUAUACUUUUCCUCCUAAUUAAUUAUGCCCUUAAAUGAUUUAGUUGGUCAAAAUUGGUGCUAUGGGAAGUCCCAUUGUGUAAAUGUCCAUAUAUGGUCAUUCCAGACCUCGCCCAUCUUUAUCAUGUCCAUAUAUGGCUGAGUGGCACCUCCUCUUCUUUAGUUCCUCCCAGGGAGUGCUUCCACUCAGAUUCCACACAGCGUGAUGCCAGUCCAG